AUGCCAAUAGCCUCUGUUACCGCAUCAAAUGCACCAUCUUCACAAAUUGCGACCCUCUAUGGCCACAACAACUUUGACCUACGGUGGUCAGAAUUCGAAAACUUCCAGGAUGAAGCCGACGAGCUUGAAGCCCGCAUGGAGGGGAUGGCAAUCGUCCAUCGCCUCUCUGGGGGCCAGGGCUCCUGGGCCACUCUCAGUGUCACCAUAAACAGCGUCUUGAUGCGAGGAUUUCUCACCAGAGUCUUCCAAGGUUACCAAGGAUUUGACCCUGAUCUGGUGAUUUGGACCUUCGAACCGCCUUUCCAACCGCUGGUCCACAGAUGGGCCCAACUGAAAGAUCUGCACGACGAGCUGAAAGACGAUCAAGAUGUCCCUCAUGACGAGAAACAGGCCGCUGAUUCCCUGGUCAGCUUCCUGGACCCUAUUCUUGCCCCGUCUGUCGGGGCUCUAAAGCAAACCUGUGAGACGGGCAAGAUCUCCUACAAGAACAUUUGGCACGUCUUUCCCUCUUCUGAACUCAUAGUCACAACAACCCGCGGAGUCCCUGUUCUGGGACGCGUUCUGAAGUACAAGAAGAAGGAAAUGGGGUGA